AUGGCUGAGGACUGCCAGCUGACUGCACUCUCAGCAGCUGAAGCAGAGUCUGUCUUUGAGGAGAGUUCUGGUUGGAACAUCUUCAUGUCUAUGAUAGCCUCAUUAUCAAAUGAUACUCUGGCUACCCAGGCAACCAUAUGGAGGUUGCCCGAGACGUCAGGAAAUGCAGCGAACGUAAAUGGGCCAGUGCCCCUCAGCCGCCGCCAUUGUCCUUCCUUUCGAGCUGUUGGGAAGAUAUGGAGGUUUCCCGUGACGUCAGGAAAUGCAGCGACUUUAAAUGGGCCAGUGCCCCUCAGCCGCCACCAUUGUCCUUCCUUUCGAGCUGUCGGGAAAGCGAGGCCCACAUGGCUGAGCCUGGCUGUGAGACCUCUUCUUAGGAAAGCCUGGGCACAGACGGAGGAUCCCACGGGAGCCGACCUGAAGAGCCCGAAGCAGAAGCAGCCAACGCGCCAGUGCUGCUGCCGCUGCUGCCACCACCGCCCUCUCACCAACACUGCCCCCCACCCCCGCUACAGUUUCACCACCUACUUCCCCAGGGUUCUGAGGCAUGUUCACAAGGGCCUGAGCCCCUCGCAGAAGACCGUGAGCGUCAUGGAUUCAUUCGUCAAGGACAUCUUCGAGCACAUCGCCGACGAGGCCUCUCGCCUGGCCCGCUCCACCAACCACUCCACCAUCACCUCCAGGGAGAUCCAGACAGCCGUGCGCCUGCUGCUGCCCGGGGAGAUUGGCAAGCACGCCGUGUCCGAGGCCACCAAGGCCAUCAUCAGGUACACCUUCUGCCAGCACAGGAAGGCUAUUAUUGGUUCAGCCCUGGUCACCCCACCACCCUUUGGGCCAAUGGCCGUGAAUCCUGAGCUGCCAGUUGCUUAUUGGCUGCUGCCAGCGGAGGCUGGGAGCACAGAUUCUCUCAUUGGAGCGCACAGCUGUCUGGAUAUCCCUGGUGGUGAUGGUGGAGCGCUUGGUGAAGCGGGCCAGGCGAGAGGCCUCCUCGGCGAUGCGCUCGAAGAUGUCCUUGACGAACGAAUCCAUGACGCUCACGGCCUCCUGCGAGAGGCUCAGGCCCUCGUGAACAUGCUUCAGAACCCUGGCGAAGUAGGUGGCGAAACUGUUGGGGCAGCGGCGGCAGCGGCGGCAGACAAGGUGGUGGCAGCCGCGGCCAUGGCCACGACAGCAGCCUCCGCGCCUGGGCUGCUUCUGCUUCAGGCUCAUCGGGUCCGCUGCUGUGAGCUCCUCGGUGCUGAGGCUUUCCUCAGAAGAGGUCUCACAGCCAGCCUCGGCACCGAGGAGCCCACGGCAGCAGACCCAAAGAGCCCGAAGCAGAAGCAGCUGAGUGGCGGAGGCCGCCGCCAUGCCUGCCGCCGCCGCUGCCGCCGCUGCCCCGACAGUUUUGCCACCUACUUCCCCAGUGUUCUGAGGCAUGUUCACUUGGGCCUGAGCCUCUCGUGGGAGGCCAUGAGCAUCAUGGAUUCCUUCGUCAAGGACAUGUUCGAACACAUCGCCGAGGAGGCCUCUCGCUUGGCCCGCUCCACCAAGCGCCCCACCAUCACCACCAGGGAUAUCCAGACAGCCGUGCGCCUGCUGCUGCCCGGGGAGAUUGGCAAGCACGCUGUGUCUGAGGCCACCAAGGCCGUCAUCAUGUUCAACAGACGCGAAUGA